AGGUUGAUUCAGCGAAAAGUCCAGUGCAGGAAGACAGGGUGCGGUCUUGUAUGGAAAACAGGCACCUCUUGCGAAAUCGAACUCGUCUCUGCAAAUAAAAGGAAAACAGCCCACUAAAUCAUCUGAGCUUAAAGACUGUGCUGUGGGGCGAUAAUGCCAUGCUGUAGUGACAUAGUAGCUGUUAAAAGUGUAUUGCACAGGCUUCAUUCUUGUUUAUAGGUGGAGUAAGGAGUGACCUGGGUGCAGCAGCCGCUGUCCCAGCAGCCGUUCACCUGACGGUCAUUGGUUUCAACCUGUGGCAGGAGGUCAACCUGUCCACGCUUAAAUCUGUCCUAUCCACUGCAACGGGCUGCACAAUUCACCGCCUCUGAGGGUACGGAGAUCACCAGGAUGAAGAUUGAUAUUCACAAUCACAUUUUGCCGAAGGAAUGGCCCGAUCUGAAGCAGAGGUACGGAUAUGACGGCUUUGUUCAACUUCACCAUCACUGCAAGGGUGAGGCAAAGAUGAUGAGGGAUGGAAAGGUGUUCCGGGUGAUUCAGGAAAACUGCUGGGAUGCAAACGCACGCAUACGAGACAUGGAUCAACAUGGUGUCACGGUUCAAGCCCUCUCCACCGUUCCUGUGAUGUUCAGUUACUGGGCCAAACCUCAGGACACCCUGGAUCUCUGUGUCCUUCUGAAUGAUAAUUUGGCCCAGACAGUGCGUAGCCACCCCAAGAGGUUUGUGGGCUUGGGCACGCUGCCCAUGCAGGCCCCUGACCUGGCAGUGCAGGAGAUGAGGCGCUGCGUGAAGGAGCUGGGCUUCCCUGGGGUGCAGAUCGGCUCACAUAUCAACAACUGGGACCUCAACGCCCCUGAACUCUAUCCCAUCUAUGCUACAGCUGAGGAACUGAACUGCUCCAUAUUUGUCCACCCAUGGGACAUGCAGACAGAUGGGAGGAUGGCCAAGUAUUGGCUGCCCUGGCUGGUGGGCAUGCCGUCAGAAACAACCAUGGCUAUUUGCUCGAUGAUUUUUGGGGGUGUGUUCGAGAGAUUUCCUAAAUUGAAAGUCUGCUUUGCUCAUGGAGGCGGCUCUUUCCCAUUCACCGUAGGAAGAAUUGAACAUGGCCACAAGGUUCGGCCUGACCUGUGCGCAGUGGACAACAAGACCAACCCUCGGAAAUACCUUGGCUCGUUCUACACCGACUCCUUAGUCCAUGAUCCCAUCGCCCUGAAGCUGCUCAUUGACGUUAUUGGAAAAGAUAAAGUGAUGCUGGGCACAGACUAUCCAUUCCCGCUGGGUGAGCUGCAGCCUGGAUCAUUGAUUGAAUCCAUGGACGAGUUUGAUGAGACACUAAAGGAUAAACUGCUUGCUGGAAAUGCACUUGAAUUCUUGGGACUCCGAAGAGAACAAUUUGAGUAACAUGAAAAUGACACUUCGGCUGCUGCAUGUGCACAAGAUUUUAAUGCAAAUGUUUUAUUCGGGCACUGUGCUGAUUCUGAAGAAGACACAUGUUGGAUUUUACAUCAGAUCACCACCUAUUCUAACUGUUGUUUCAGGAUAAAUAUUUUCAA